CAUGUUGACACCUCCGAUCGUCAACUCAAUUCCUCCCCACCAACAACACUCGCACAUGUAUCGAGACAAUCUACACCACAUUCCCAGGAGUGAGUACCCAAUUUUAAUUUUACCCAUUCCACCUCCCUCAGUUCUCUACUUCCAUUUUCCAACCUCCGCAUUCCUCCCACCCGCUAGGGCCCUUCUGUAGUUACCGGUAUCGAAUAUACUACCAAGACAGACAGACGACCUCAACCCCCCCUUUCAUUGAAUUGAAUUGUGAAAGUCUCAACAUUUUGGACGAUGGGGAGCCUAAGCCUAUCAUUCACUGCCCUUGUGUACUUGACUGGUAUUAUUAUUACGCAUGGCAGUGUCUCUGAAGCCAUGUCCACUGUAACUGCCAUGGCUAGGGACCAAAUCUCUUGCACAAUGUGCUCAGCCUGUAACAACCCAUGUCAACCAAUCUUUCCUCCCCCACCACCACCGCCACCUUCACCUUCACCCCCGCCUCCUUCCCCCCCUCCACCAAUCCCAGAGUCCUACUACUCUCCGCCUCCUCCUCAACCCCCGCUACUCCCUGAGUGCCCUCCACCACCCCCUUCUUCUGGCUCAUCCUACUACUCACCACCUCCGCCAGGGGAAUCUUCAAAUCCCUCCCCGGCUGCAGGUGGUGGUGGGCCACCUGGCGGCUCUUACUAUCCCCCACCGAACCAAGCUGUUCCGUACUAUCCAUAUUACAAUUACAGCGCUCCACCAUCGAAUUCAGUAGCAUUGAAGAGGGAACCCACUGUUCUUUGUCUGCUUACAAUUAUUUUUCUCCCCUUCGUCUUCAUCUCUAUGUUGGUGACUUGAGCAUAAGUUGCCAAACUAAUUAAACUAGAGGAGCGCCAGCUACCGUAACUGUUACUGUUAUGUUGAUGCAAUUUCGGUGCGUUUUAGCAUAAUCCAAUCAGUAUAAAGGAGCACCUGGGAGAAUAGACGUCGACACAACAUCCUGGGAGAAAAGGAUGAAUGGAGAAGACAGCUUUCAUCCUGCCGUAAUCAAGUACAGUAGAGUCCCUAUUCGAGGAAUAUGAUAUCAUCACAUAUUAUUGUGUUGUUGUGAGGUUAUCCAUCAUUCUUCUCCCCGUAUUUCUAUUUCUGUUUCUGUUGUUGUAUAAUGAUGCUUGGUGGUAGAAUAAUAAAGAUGUGACUAGCAGUAAUCUUUGCUUGCGCCACAAAAAUAAUUCUAUUUACGCGUGACUCUAACUCUAAUCGCGGUGGUAGCUACUGCUUUCUUUUUC